GGCACAUGCGCUGGGGGGCGGGUUUCGUCCAAGGGGAAGAUGGCGGCGGCCGGUGCGGGCGGCGGGUACGGGUCCGGUUCCGGAUGGAUGGCCGCUCGUCCCUGCCCAUCCGUCCCCAGAGGAGAAAAUCGGCUGCGGGAUCCAGACGAGGCUAUUUGCAGCGCUUGUCGAAGCGGCUUCGCUGCAGCCCGGGGUCUCCCAGUUGAAAUUCAUCAUCGGAAUCCCCCUCCUGAAGCAUGUUUUUCAAGGACUGAAGAUUCCGGAGCAGUACUUUGUCCUGAUUGUGAGAUUGUGCAAAUCCCGAAGACAGGAUUUCAGAGCACACUGUCAUGGCUGGAGUCUGUGAAGUUGGGUGAUUUUGUCAGCUUGCAGUCACUGCUUCCCUAUAAAGAGCCUGAGAAGAAUAUGGCUAUUCGGUAUGGUCCACCUGUAUUACCCAAAGAAUCAGCAGAAGUUUCUGUUGUAGUUUGCCAUGUGAAUAGUCCUGGUGAUUUCUACCUUCAGCUGGUUGAAGAUUUAGAUUUUCUACUUUUCCUGAAGAUAAUUAAUGAUGCAUAUAAAAAUGAAUAUGAAGGAGAAAAUCUUGAAAUCCUCUGCCCAGUCAAGGGACAAGCCUGCGUAGCUAGGUUUGAAGAUGGAGUUUUGUAUCGGGCAGAAGUCCUUGGCUUCCCAGGACAUCGAGAGGUGGAAGUUAAAAAUGUUGACGUUGGCUCUACUACAAGGAUAGCACUUCAAGACAUAUGUAAAGUAAAGGAUGAGCUUUUGAGUUUCCCAAGAAAGGCGAUUAAUUGCAGACUGGCCCAUAUUGAACCAUCUAUCAGGACAGGGCCUUGGAGUACAGAAGCCAAAGAAAAAUUUGAAGAAAUGAUUUCUGGCAGAUUUUUGAUUUGUUCAGUUGAUAGAAUUAUGGAAGAUGACGUGCUGUUAGUUGAACUGUUUCUUUCACCUCAUGUUCCUGGAAUGAUGGCGAAUAGUGUUAAUAGUGAGCUGGUUAAAAGAGGUCUUGCAUGUUAUGACCCGGGAUGUACUCCAAAGGAAAAUCCCACAAAGCAUGAUGAAAUCUGGGAUCCUUCUCUGGAGGAAAUACUUUUGUAUGAAGCAAAGAUCACUGGCUCUGCAGUUAAGAAACCUGGAAUGGAUCAGGACGCAGAGUCUUCUGUAGAGGAAUUGCUUUCACAUGGAACCGAAGUCACUGGCUCUGAAGUUAAAAAAUCUAUGAAGGAUCAGGGCUCAGAAUUACUGGACAUCCAAGGACUGCCUGUGCAAUUUUGUCACGUAGUGUCUCCAGAGAAAAUUUACUUUCACUGGUUUGAAACAGAGAGUUUACUUGCAAGUUUGCAGGAAGAGAUGGCAGCUGUUUAUGAAGGCUCAAACCUUGAACCACUUCCAUGGACCAGUGGUAUGCAUUGCGCUGUUCUGAUGCCGCAGCUGAAACAGUGGCGAAGAGGACAAAUUACCAGAAUAAUUUCAGAAACUCUGGUAGAGGUCUUUCAAUUUGACUAUGGUGUUGAAAUGGAGGUGAAUGUUGCUUGUCUAAGGAAGCUUAAAGAAAAUCUGAUGGAGAUGGGGAAAUUUGCUGUGGAAUGUUGCCUUGUCGAUAUCAGACCAACCGGUGGGAGUGACAGAUGGACAGCGACAACCUGUGACUAUCUUUCGUUUUGCCUUACCGGAGCUGUAGCAAAAAUAAUCAUUCAGGAGAAACAGAGGAAUCCCAUGCCUGUGAAAAUUUUGUGCCAAGAUAAAACGGGAAGGAGUUUCGAUUUUUCAGCAGUUCUUGUAGAAAAGGGUUUGGCUUUGAGAGUAAAGAGAUUUCCCAAAGCUGAUAAAUCUGAUUUGGUCUCGGAGGCAAGUCUUGCAAUCCCACUGAUGCCAGUGCCAAAGAAUCCAGCAGUAGCAACGUGUCUCAAGAUAUUUAGUAAAUCAGAGAAAGAAGUCACUGGAGAUAAAGCAUCCAAACCAGCAUUUAAGCCCAAAACUGUUGAAACCUACAAGCCACCUGUUAUUCCUAGCGCUAAAUUCUUUGAGGCAAUAAUAAGCUGGGUUGCCGAUGAUGGAACAGUCUAUGUGAUACCUAAAUCAUCAGAACCUGAAUUCACUGUCUUGAUGGAGAAAAUGCAAGGUAUCUUUACGAGUCUUGAUCUGUUGGUACCCCACUCUUGGAAAAAAGAAGAAGCCUGUGUCAUAAGAGGAUCAGAUAGUCAGUGGUAUCGAGGUGUCAUAUUGGAAAUUAUUGAUAGUUGUGUCAAGGUGCAGUAUUUAGAUCUUGGCUAUGUUGAGGAGAUCCCUCCCUGCCAUCUCUACCCCGUUGAGUGCUCUACUGAACUACCUCAGUUUUGUAUACCCUGUCAAUUAUAUAACACCCUUCCUGUUGGAAACUUUUGGUCUCCAGAUGCAGUGGAACUCCUUCGAGAAUUACUACUGCCCAAGAGGGAAGUCAAGAUCCAUAAUAUGGCAUCUCCAGAACAUCCAGCUGGGAUGUUAUCUGUUCAUCUGUAUUUUGCUGGGAUGUCCCUGUCUUAUUUUAUGGCACACCAUGAACACUGCACCCUUGAAGGUUCAGAAGAUGGACUGACAUCAGACAUAGAGAAUCGUAGUGAAAACUCUGUGGAGGAAUAUUGGAAGAUCAGUUUUGAGGAGUUGCAUCGGCCCGAAACAAAGAUCCGUGUUUUACCACCAUACUCCUUGUUAUCUCUGCCUCUUCCAGGAGAACUUUUUUUUGUUCAAGUUAGGCACCUCGUUGUACCUAAUGAGGUUUAUGUUUGUCCUGAACACGGCGAUGGUUCAAGCCAUGACCAAGGCACAGAGGAGAGAAAAAUCAGCUGGAAAUCUGAACCUGAGAGCCUGGAAGAAGGACUGCAGCACUGUAAUCUGAGUGCAUCAUCACUUCCUUUUCUGACUGAUUUUAAGACAGAUAUGCCUUGCCUGGCACAGUACAGUGAUGGCUUGUGGUAUAGAGGAAAAAUUAUUUCUGCUAAUGGAUUUGAUCCUCUCACAGUGUUGGUACAAUUUGUUGAUUACGGGACGUGGGAAAAAUUGCCAGCAGGCAGGUUACGUCAGAUUCCUGAUAGCCUCAUGCAAUAUCCAGCCCAGGCUGCAAAAGUGACUUUGACUGGGUUUAAACCUCCCAAAAGUGAUUUAGAAAAAGUAAGAAUUCCUUACUGCCCCAGCUGGAGCAUGGAAGCAGUGUGGUCUAUGGUGGACCUUCUUCAGGGCAAACGACUUCAGGCUCUCACUUUGACUCAGACACCUGAGCCCAUGGUGCUUUUAUUUGACGAUGAACAAAACCCAGUGUAUAGGCCAUUGGUAGAUAUGGGACUUGCAGAUCUAGAUGAGUAAAGGAUUCUAGUUAACACCAUGAAGUUCCAGGUGAAGAUCAGAAGAAACAAAAUAAAUCUUCCUUGUCGAACCAAUUGGUGUGUGUCCAGGUUAUGAGACAUGCGAGAUGAUACCUGAAACAAGUAAUGUAUGUUGAGUUUGGAACUAUUUUCAGACGUUCACAAUAAAAUGUUGCCUUUGAGUCUUCA